GACCACGUAUGCAUCCCAGAAAUGAGUCACCAGUCAAACCCUUCACUCUUUAGAUGUUUUCGGGAUGAUUAUCGGGGUGCUUUCUUCUGUCAUGUGUCGCCACAAUACUCUUGCAUCCGUUGUUUUCACCGCGUGCUGUCGCUCAGGAGGGCAACGAUUGCGCUCGUAUUGGGCGAGCAGCGACGUUUAGCUCGCCACCUUCAGGUGCUGAAGACAUAUGGGUCGCAUACUCGUGAUCACCAGCGGUGCUACUAUUAACGGCAUUAAGGAAAGGAUAGUAGUCACCAGCGUUCUCGUUGCCGUAUAAAUUACGAGAGCGUACGAUGCAGUGGAGGCAUUGAAGAAUAUCAUCUUCCUCACCAUGUUUCUCAGCAUUUCCACUGUUUUAUUUGUCAUUGUGGGCGUCGCCACUGCUGCUGGUCCCUCAUCCAACCAGAUCAAGAACCUCGUCACUUUCGGAGACUCUUAUACUGACGCGAUGCAAACGGGCGAUGGGGGGACUGCUUGGCCUACCUAUGCGGCCGGUUACGGCAAUUUUACACUCUUCCCUUUCGCCAAAGCUGGCGCCAGCUGUUCGAAUAACCUCACCUCCACUCCGUUUUUAUCCGUCGCUGAAGGCCAAGUGCCGUUGUAUCUUUCGGAGAAGAACGCGGGCACGAUUCACGUCCCUCCUCAAGAGACUAUCUAUACACUUUGGAUUGGGACCAAUGAUGUUGGUGCCAAUGCGAUACUGACUGGACAUCAAGCUCCAGGUGUGACGGUGGUUGAUACUACCGCUUGCGCUGUUAAUUGGGUGAAGACGCUGUAUCAAACUGGGGCUCGUAAUUUCCUGUUCCAGAAUAUGAUCCCUCUACAACAUACGCCAAUGUAUUCUCCGAAUGCAUACCCUAACCGUUACUGGACAGCCGCGCGAAACACCACAGAGUGGAGUCUCACCAUGACAGAACUUGUCAGUUCUGGCAAUACCUUGGCAAAACUGAUGCUACAAGAUCUUACACCCACGCUUCCAGGCGCACAUGUUGGUCUCUUCGAUUCAUACGCCCUCUUCACGGACAUGAUCGCUCACCCACAGAACUAUCUCAACGGAACCGCGCCUUUGAACGUGACCGAUGCUAUCAAUGCUUGUAUCUUCCAGGUUGACGAACCAACGUCUGGCCCGGCUGAUUGUACCACCGCAACAGGUACAGACAAAGAUAGUUUCCUCUGGUGGGAUGAAGUGCAUCCUUCUGAACAGGCUGAUAGGGUUGUUGCGAGAGAGAUCACAGCGGCUAUCAAGCGGACCAGUAGUCGAUGGACGACUUGGCUGAGUUAACAGGGGGUGCUCUCAUUUACUUAUCUCGCCACGUAUUUCUUGUUGUACAGAGGUCAGUUAUUGUGGAAUGCAAACACCAUGAAAUAGAAAGACUAUGCAAUU